AUGCUCUAUUGCUCCGGUAACUGCCGCGACAACCCCAUCUACCAACGACAUGGAGGCGAGCAAGCCGAUGUGAUCUCACUGGGAGGACUCGCAGCGCGCGCUCUGGUCCGACUGCUACGAAAUGACCUCCAUUCGACCCUUCACAAGCUGCUAACUUACAUUAGCCACGACCUCCAUCGCUUCUACCUUGACUUGCACGACUAG